GGUACUCCUGGAAUAAUUAGAAACUGAGAGAGAAUCGCUCAAAGACUUUUAAGAUAAGCAUUGGAGACUAAAACUUUACCACACAUACUCAAGACUCUUGGAACGUAAAGGUUGGUUUGAUUGAUUGUUCCAUUAUCAUGAUUAUGUAUAUAUAAUGUGGUUGAGUGAGUGGAGUGAAAGCCAUUCACAAAUUAAAUAUCAUCAAUAAUAUCUAUUUAUAUUCCACUGAAAAUGGGAAUUGGAUAUCAAAAUGUUGCUGCAUGCGCAGUAUUGGUACUUGUGAUGGUGAUGGCUGAAAUUGCAGGCAUUUGUGCAAAUUCAAGUACUCUCCUCCACUCUCCGUGUCUUGAAAGAGAGAGGCAAGCUCUUGUGAAGUUCAAAGCAUCCCUGACUGAUCCAUUUAACAUGCUUUCCUCAUGGCAUGGUGAUGACUGCUGCCGAUGGAAAGGGAUCGGUUGUGAUAAUGUUACUGGUCAUGUUGUCAUGCUUGAUCUCACCACUCCUUACGAUCAAUAUUUAGAAGGUGGGAAUGUUAAUUCAUCGCUGCUGGCACUGGAAUACUUGACUCAUUUGGACUUGACUGGAAUUUAUUUCUAUCCGAGUCCCAUACCCAUGUUCAUUGGUUCUAUGCAACGCCUCAGGUAUUUGUCCAUCUCUGGAGCUGGUUUUGGCGGGAGAAUACCCAGCAAUCUUGGAAAUCUCACCAACCUCCACUUUCUUGAUCUGAGUGACAAUGAAUUUUCACGAGACAGUAACAUCAAUUGGAUUUCUCAACUGCCAUUGCUGGAGCACCUCAACAUGAUGGGCUCUUUUAUUUACAAUGAGUUUCAGGUUAAUAUUAAUCUCACCAUCAGUGCUCCUAAACUUCACUUCCUAAGUCUUGCCUACAAUAGACUUAGUGUGUCUAAUUUGGAUGCUUUACAAAACAUGACAUCUCUUGUGCAUCUUGAUCUUGGUUGGAACAAUCUUACUUCAGUUUCAUCUUGGUUUGGCAACUUUAAGAAACUUGAGUAUCUUGAUCUUUCAGGGUGUGGGCUUCAUGGCCCAAUUCCAAAUGCUUUCCAAAAUGCAACUUCCAUUGAAUUUUUGGAUCUUUCUAAGAACAGUUUUGACUCUCUUCCAUCCUGGUUUCACAAGUUUGAGAAACUCAAGCAUCUUUUUCUUUCAUCUAAUAACUUCCAAGGUACAAUUCCCGUUGCUUUACAAAAUAUAACUAGCAUUGAGUUCCUUGAGCUUUCUCGUAAUUCUUUUACUUCAGUUCCAUCUUGGUUUAUUGAGUUAAAGAAACUUGUCAACCUCAAUCUUUCAAUUAAUAAAUUAACAUCUAUGGAAUGUUCCAUUUCAUCCAUUUUGAAAAAUAUGUGUCACCUGAAAACAUUAAAUAUAGGAGGAAACAAACUCCGAAAAGAAUUCAUUGGAAACAGUGAUUUGUCUACCUGCAUUAGACAUGAUUUGGAGAAUCUUGACUUGAGUGAAAAUGAAUUUAAUGAUCAUUUACCAUCUUGGUUAGGACAACUUGAAAAUCUAGGCAAUCUUGAUCUCCAAGAUAAUUUUUUCUAUGGUCCCAUUCCCUCUUCUUUUGGAAAAUUACUGAAAUUGAAAAUUUUAUAUCUAUCCAACAACAAGUUAGAAGGGGAGCUUCCUGAUUUCAUGGGACAGCUUGUAAAUUUACAGGUAGUCGAUCUUUCAAAUAAUUCAUUUAAUGGAACCAUUACUCAAAAUCUUGAGCAACUUGUAAAUUUACAAUAUUUUGAUGUCUCCAAUAAUUAUCUAACGGGAUCCAUUCCUUCGAGUCUUGGUCAACUUAUAAAUCUAACCUCUCUUGAUUUGUCAAAUAAUUAUUUAAAAGGAAUCAUACCUACAAGUCUUAACCAACUUGUAAAUCUUAGUUGGCUUGAUCUUUCAAGGAAUAAACUAGAUGGGAGAAUAUGUAUUGAUUUUCAAAAACUUGUGAAUCUAUUCAACCUGGAUCUGUCUUCAAACAAUUUGUAUGGAACCAUCACAGUGGAAGAAAGUCAUCCUUUUAUUAUCUCAAAAAUGUCGUAUUUGAAUCUCUCAUAUAAUCAAAUCAGCGGCUCACUUCCUGAACAUAUUGGUCAUAUAAUGCCCAAUUUGUGGUCCUUGAUUCUUGGAAAUAACCUCAUAAAUGGUUCAAUUCCAAAAUCACUGUGCCAAGUUGAUCAUUUGAGAAUCCUUGAUCUUUCAAAGAACAGACUAUCUGGUAAAAUCCCCAAUUGUUGGAAAGAUAACAAAUUAUGGGAAGAAAUAAAUUUGUCAUCCAACAAACUCUCAGGGGCUGUUCCAAGCUCAUUUGGGAAUCUUUCCUCUCUCUUUUGGUUGCAUUUGAACAAUAACAGCCUUCAUGGAGAGUUUCUAGCAUCUAUGAGAAAUUUGUCACAGUUGUUGAUUAUGGAUCUCGGAGAGAAUCAACUUUCUGGCACCAUCCCAUCAUGGAGUGCUAACACAUUUUCUUCGCUACAAAUUCUAAGAUUGCGGCAAAACAGGUUAAGUGGUAGCAUUCCUUUGCAGAUAUGUGAACUAUCAUCCAUUAAAAUCUUGGACCUUUCUCGCAACAAUUUAAAUGGUCCAAUACCUUGGUGCAUAGGCAAUCUUCGAGGAAUGAAUCUUGAGGCUCCUGCUUUGUCUCCUCCUUCGCUUGUUGCUGAGAGUCCAAUAGCAGAAGGUUGGAAAACUGAGGAUGUCAUAGAAGUCAUGAAAGGAAGAGAAUUUCACUAUACAAAAAUCUUGAUACUUGUAGUCAUGAUGGACUUGUCCGAGAAUAAUUUGGUUGGCUCAAUUCCAAAAGGAAUAACAUUGCUUAAUGGAUUGCAUAGCUUGAAUCUAUCUUUGAUCAUGUAUUCAUAUAGAUUGUCAUUUGAUGUUUAA